AUGGGACGUCAACCUCCCCAACCAGUCCCCUCAGCACCUCCAGACUACCUCUUUGAAACCGUCCUCCCUCACGUCUGCUGCAUCACCCUCAACGAAACCGACAAGAUCCGACUCUUGGGCGUCCCUCCACCCUUGGUCGAUCCCAUUCGAAAUGCAAUCACCUCCAGUUGGGGCCAGAUCCAGUCCGAACAAACCUACUUUGGCGCACAUGAAUUCAAACUGUUGGGAACACCUUGGCGUGGUCAAGGAACAGACUCUGUUACUUCCCGGACUUUGAUCGUUUCUGUCCUGAGGACAAUGGCCGUCAAUGGCUGGAACAUGCUCCAAGCAGCCGACGUCUCCAAGAAAGAGCAUGGAAAGGACGCCUUGUUCUUUGAAACCAUCGAUCCUUCAUUGGGACAAGUCAUGCCAGACGAAGUCGAUAUGUUUGCAUUGAGCUUUAAUUCCUCGGAUAAACUGCGCAUUAUCGGUAAUGUACCUGUCUCCAUCGUUACCGCCGUCAAGCAGGCCGUCCAGACCCAGUGGCCAAGCGGGUAA